AGGAAGAGUGAUUUAUUGCACUGAUUCCAUCAAUGAACCUGGGGAUCUUGACUUGCAUUCGUCCUGCUUUCUGCAGCUACUGGGAUGGUGUGUCAUAGAUGAUGGAGAGGCUCAAGGGUGACAAAGCGUGAGACAUCCGGCCUUGAUAAGCCUCGUGGGACUCAAGCCUCAUGUCAUAGAUGUCAUGAUGGAACCUGGUGACGUCACAAACCAUAUGGUGAGCAGUUUAGUGUUUCCAUUGGAAAGCUUGCUUGAGGUCAGGAUCCAGGCCUCGAGCUGCAUCCCUUGGUGUCCAAGGCGAGGAGAUGAAGUAUUCAGAGCUGGUAACACCUAAAAACGUGGUGUCUGCAGCUACAGGAGCUGGUGCAAUCUUCCUGGUGGCCAAGACCAUCAUGGCAGUGAUCAAGUGCCCUCCCUAUAACCCACGGCCACUUACCUUAGUGACCAGACUUUCCCAGGCCCACCAUAGUAAAAUUAUGAUGGAUUCUGGAGAACUCAGGGGACUCUUGGCCUCCCUCAGUCUGAGGCUAGAUGACUACUCCAAGAAUAUGGUACUCCAUGGCAUCACACGAUGUGUUUAUCUACUGGAUACAGAGGCAUCUGCGUGUACCUAUGAGGACAUCAAACUAGUGGCAUCAUUCCUGGAUGAUCCAGAUGUGGGCAUCAAGAUUCAGACUCUGCAUGCCCUCAAGGCCUUCACUGGCAUCUGGAAGUUUAGAAUUAAAAUUCAGGAGUUUAUCCCUAAAGUUCUUGAAACAAUCACCAGUAUAUGGGACAACGAUGUCCACGUUGCUGGACUGAGGUUACUGAAUGGGUUGGCAUUGCCGGAUCACACGCAUGCGCUGCUGAAAAAGCGCAUGCCAGGCUUAAUGGAGAUUCUGCAGAUGGGGAACAACUUGACCCAGGUGCAGGUUCUGAAAUACCUGAGCAUGCUAGCCCAGAAAGAAGAUCUGUUAUUUGACAUCAUGAAUUGCCAGGUGUACCCUGAAUUCCUCAACCUUUUCCAACCUUCCCAGCCUGGGAACCUGCUCUCUGAGCUGCUGGUGUUCGUGGAACGACUUUGUGAGGGCCGCUUGACUCCCCACUACCAGUCGGUGCAUUGGCAGUACAAUGAGUCGUCCCUUCAUGAGGUCCUCUUUGGAGAUGACUCCCGCCUUGCCGACUGCCUUCUCUCCCUCAUCAUUCACCCUGAGGAAGGGGUGCAGAUCCAGGCCUGCAGGGUCAUCCUGAAACUCCAGCUGAACGAGGAAGGAGAGAUUGCUCGCAUCCGCCACUCGGACCCCAUCUUCAGCAGCUUCUUCAGUGACUCCUUUAUUGAAUCCACGUGUUAAACCCUUGCAGAAUUUAAGAGAAUUAAAUUAUUUAAACCAGAACCAUCAUGGGAAACUAGUAAG